AUGGAUUUAGAUGACGACGCAAAAUGGCUGGAGUGGGUAGCCAGGCAGUUUGAGACCAUUGCUGGGGACGAUCAAGAGAUUGACUUGGAAGAAUUCAAAACGGCUCUCAAGGUGAAAGAGUCUUUUUUUGCUGAGCGGUUCUUUGCUUUGUUUGACUCCGAUGGAAGCGGCACGAUCAGUUUGGAUGAACUCCUGGAGGCCUUGAAAAUGCUGAUCCACGGGACUGAAACUGACAAGCUCCGGUUCCUCUUCCAGGUUUAUGACGUGGAUGGCAGUGGAUCCAUAGACUCUGAUGAACUGCGCACUGUCUUAAAAUCGUGCCUGAAAGAGAGCUCAAUAUCUUUGCCAGAAGAGAAGCUAGAUGACCUCACCACAGCCCUUUUUGAAUCAGCUGAUACUGACAACAGCGGAUCCAUUACCUUUGAAGAGCUCAGAGGGGAACUGGAACGUUUUCCAGAGGUCAUGGAGAACUUAACAAUAAGCGCUGCAAACUGGUUGAAGCCCCACCAAGCUCCAAGGAAGACUGGCCGGCCACGCUGCCUGAGCCAGGCCUACUGGCAGAACAACAGCAGCAAGCUGCUUUUCCUGGGUGGUUACGGGUGUGUGAACGUCCUCCUCUUCACCUUGGCGGCACUGAGGAACGCUGGCUCUGGCGUCUGGAUGAUGCUGGCCAAAGGUUGUGGGCAGUGCCUGAACUUAAACUGCAUGUUUGUAGUGGUGCUGAUGUUACGUCGAUGUCUAACGUGGCUCCGGGCGACUUGGGCUGCUGGGGUGCUGCCUCUGGACCAGAACGUCAUUCUGCACCAGCUGGUGGGCUACAUCGUGGUGGCGCUGGCCACCCUCCACACCGGGGCUCAUGUGGCCAACUUUGCGAGAAUGUCUCAGGCCAAGGACAGCUAUUGCCUUUGGGAAUACCUGUUCACGACCCGUCCUGGGAUUGGCUGGGUCUACGGUACCACCUCGCUCUCGGGUCUUCUCCUCCAGCUGCUCAUUGGCCUGAUGCUUGUCUGCUCCUGCCCCUUCAUCCGCAAGGGUGGCCACUUUGAGGUCUUCUACUGGACCCACCUUUCUUAUAUCUUCAUCUGGGCUUUGUUAAUUGUCCACGGCCCUAAUUUCUGGAAGUGGUUUGUCGUGCCUGGGUUUCUGUUCCUCUUGGAGAAGAUUGUCGGUGUUGCGUUGAUGCACAUCCGAGGGCUGCACAUAGUGGAAAUCAACCUCUUGCCUUCUAAGGUGACUCACUUAGUGAUUAAGAGACCUCCGUUUUUCCACUACAAACCAGGUGACUACAUCUACCUGAACAUCCCAGCCAUCGCCAAGUAUGAAUGGCAUCCGUUUACCAUCAGCAGUGCUCCAGAGCAACCAGGGACCAUCUGGCUGCAUAUAAGGUCCCUGGGACAGUGGACCAAUCGGUUGUACGAAACAUUCCUGUCAAGCUGCGGGUGUGGGCAGGGCAAGGCAAGGAUGAACCGUGAUAGAACAAUGUCAGCUUUGCCAAGAACAGAAAUCCUCCUUGUGCAAGCUUAGGGGGCAACGCUUUCUCUCCUUCUCUCUCCGAAGUGCUACAUUGACGGUCCUUACGGUACUCCCACGCGAAGAAUCUUCACUUCAGAACAUGCAGUGCUGAUUGGGGCAGGAAUUGGGAUCACCCCGUUUGCGUCCCUUUUGCAAAGCAUCAUGUACAGGCGGGGGCUUUGGCAAUGGCUUGGUGGGAGUUCCCAAAGGCCAGGCAAGGAGAACGUGUCGAGCUCUUCUCAUCUGCAGGUGGAUUUUAUCUGGAUCAAUCGGGAUCAGAAAUCCUUCGAGUGGUUUGUAAGCCUGUUGACGCAGCUGGAAAUGGAUCAGGCGGAGAGUGACCCUGGAGGCCGCUUCCUGGAGAUGCACUUGUUCAUGACCUCUGCGCUCUGCAAGAACGACGUGAAGGCCAUCGGCCUGCAGAUGGCACUAGAUCUGCUGGCCAAAAAGGAAAAGAGGGACUCCAUCACCGGCCUCAAGACCAGAACCCAGCCUGGGCGACCGGACUGGAACCAGAUCUUUCAGAAACUGGCUCAGGAGAGCAGAGGGAAAGUCCAUGUCUUCUUCUGCGGCUCUCCAGCUCUCGCCAAGGUCAUCAGAGCCCACUGUGAGCAGUUCAGCUUCCGAUUCUUCAAAGAGCACUUUUAA